GUUCCUGUGAAGCUGCCACACAGCAGCAGCCAUGGCCUUGGCGAACCCGCUGGAGAAGCUGCAGGAGGAGGCCAUUUGCUCCAUCUGCCUGGAGUACAUGAGUGACCCGGUGAGCAUCGACUGCGGGCACAACUUCUGCAGGGCCUGCAUCACUGAGUACUGCCGGGAGAAGGGGCUUGGGGCCAGGGGGCCCUUGGUCUGCCCCCAGUGCCGGGAAGCCUUUCACAAGAGCAAUGUCCGGCCCAACCGGCAGCUGGCCAAUAUCGUGGAGAGCAUCAAGCAGCUGGGGCUGUCCCCGGCCAAGGGGCAGCUGGAGGCGCUCUGCAGGAAGCACGAGGAGAAGCUCAAGCUGUUCUGCGAAGAGGACGGGGAGGCCAUCUGUGUGGUUUGCCGAGAGUCCCUGGAGCACCGCCCUCACACCGUCUACCCCCUGGAGGAGGCGGCCCAGAUGUACAAGAUCAAACUUCAGAAAUCCCUGUUAAGAAAACCGUACUGGAGGAGAGGACAAAAACCCAGGAAUGCAAGGCAGUGGUUCCCAAGGCACUGUCAAUGCUAUGAUUUUAACCCAUGCUUUCUCUCUUCUUGCGCCUGUGUAUUUUUCUUUUGGAAGGAGGUAGUUAAGAAAAAGAGAGAGAGGAUUGUGACUGAAUUUGAGAAGCUGCACCGGCUGCUGGCCGAGGAGGAAAAGCAGCUUCUGCAGAAGUUGGAACAGGAAGAGAAGAUAAUCCUGCAGAGACUCCACGAAAACUUAACUAGACUUUUAGAGCAAAAAUUCUCCCUGGACAAGCUGAUCCUGGAGAUAAGGGAAAAGUCCCAGCAGUCAGCAGACAUGCUGCUCAAGGACAUGAAAAGCACCCUGAGCAGGUGUGAAGCGGUGACGGUCCAGGCUCCCGAAGCUUGCUCCGUGGCACUGCGAGAGAAUUACAGCAUCCCCGAGCACUGCCUGGGCAUGAGGGACAUGCUGAAGAAAUUCAAAGGCCAGCAAGGAUCUGCAUGGGGCCAAGUACUGCCGGGUGGAGCCAAGAGCGAUGCAGCGCCAUCUUGGGUUAAACGGCACCUCCCGUGGCCCCUGCCCUCCCUGGAGAGAGCCGGGCUUCCUCCAGACAGAGGAGCCGGAUUGCUCCAUAUUCACACUGGAGGAUAAGUAACGUUGUGCCUCAUCCCAUGUUGCUAAGAAACGUCACAGUCGAGCGUCUCGCUGUUCACUCCCAGGCCCGGCGCCGGCUGUCCUGGGGCACCCCCGGUUACUGCCAGGCUGUCUCUGCCCUUGGCCUGAGACAUUGCUCCCCUAACCUGCAUGUCUGUCUCUUCCUGGCUCUCC